AUGGCUGAGGAGGAGGAGGAGGGCCCUGCAGAUGCAGCCGUCGUCGCCAACCCCCUCCACGACGGCGACAUCCUCAGGGAGAUCCUGCUCCGCCUCCCGUCGGCGGCGUCCCUUGCCCAAGCCGCGCUCGUCUCCGGCCGCUGGCGCGGCAUCGCCUCCGACUCCAAGUUCCUCCGCCGCUUCCGCGAGCGCCAUCCGUCCUCGCCCCUCGUCGGCCUCUUCGCCUCGGACGACGGCCGCGGCUGCGCGCCGUGGCCCCAUUUCUACCCAGCCCGCUUCUGCAAGGGUCCCGACCGGGACAUCACCGCCGUCACGCGCAAAGGCGACUUCUUCCUCACCCGCUUCGACGGCGAACCGAGCCUGCGCCUCCGGGACUGCCGCAACGGCCUCCUCCUCCUCUCCCUGGAGGACAGUUCCCUCUGCAUCUACGACCCUGUCUCCAAGCGGCGAGUGGGUAUUCCCCGCCGGCCACAUGAUGGCAUGGCGGGCAGGCAAUGCUUGGCAGACUGCUUGCUCGACGCCGGCCGUGGCACUGGCACGUCCUCCACCGUGCGGCAAUGUGGCCCAAGGACGAUGCCACAAGCCAUGGAGUCCUUCCGUGUGGUGUCCCUGCAGCAGCAAAGCCAGGAGAUACGAGUCCUUGUGUACGACUCCAACACUCUCGAGUGGCACCACCACCCGUGGGUGAGUCCGUGGACGGACGGCAUAAAAAGGCUGCCGAAAUGGGGCACCACGGCGAUGUACGCAGCCGGCAAUGUCUUCUGGAGGUGCGCCCAACAAUCUUUGGUGCUCGUGCUUGAGGCGAGCACCAUGGAGUUCUCGCUGCGCCCUCUCCCGCCGGACUUGAGCUUUCACGUGCCUUCAAGGUACGCCAUCGGAGAGAUCGAGGACGGCAAGGGCUGCCUCGUGUGCCUUACAGGCCUGACUGGCGAGGAAACCCCCACCUUGGAAGUUUGGGUACUCGAUACCAACAUGUGGAAGCUCCACUCAUCAUUGAACAACAAAUCGUGGAAGCUUGACUCAUCGGAAAAAUGGUGGAGGCUCGAGAAGAAAAUCCCUGUGAGCCGACUGCUUGGCGAAUCUGCUCGGGUGCGGCAAGUUCGCAUGGUGAUCAAUGGACUAGCGCUGCUUUGCAAGGACGACCACGACCCUGAGUUUGUGGUCGACUUGCAGAGCAUGGCUCUGCUGGCCAAGUUUCAGUUUCGGGGAUACCCGUACCAGAUGUCAUGGCCGCCUGCUGGGUUGGCCGCAACUAAUUCCAGAUCCACAUCUUUUCUGAAAGAUACCAACAUAUUGCACCAGUUUUACCUGAAGGGGAACAGAGCGAGAGCGGAAGCAGAAAGAAGAGUGAUGAAUCGGGUAUGCAUCUAG